AUGGAGCAUUGCUUCCUCUGCUUCUUAAGGCUAGUUUAUUUUCACUAUAAGUCCGUAUGGAAUAUCAAUAUGCUGAGUGAAAGGGAACACUAUUUUUAUAUAUCUUCUUCUACCUACUAUCUCUAUCCUUCCUUUUUCUUUUCCUAGUUAGCUUGGCUCCACCCGUACUAUUCCGUAUGGAAUAUGCUGAGUGAAAGGGAACAAACUAGAUAUCAUGCAUAGCUUUGAUUUUUUGAAGACCUCAACUACAACAGGAUUUGAAGGAGGGAAAUGGGGAGAUCAGUCAGUCAACCAGGUACGUCAGUGAAAAACUAGCACUUCUUCUAAGUUUCCGGUCUAGAUGUCUCCUCGAUGCUUUCGUCCGUAUUUGGUGGCAACGACCGCUGUGCCCAGUGAGCGAGGCGAUCAAACCUUUGGGCCUGAAUUUUGCGAGAGUUGCCACGUUCAAGAGUCUGCAGCUCUAUUUCCGCUACGAAGAGAACCGGGAACGGAACACUAAUGUUUUUUGGUUCAAUGAAGCGACUAUAGACUUUCAAGCAUUCUUGAAAAAGAACAUCGCUCUCUGGCGCAUCUGUCCUCAGUCGGGUGGGAGUAGUACGGGAAGCUACAGUACAACUAGCAGCUACAGUGGCAGAAUGAGUUCUUACAGCGGCCGAAUUUACGGCUCCUCAUCAGGGUUGUAACAUUAACAAUUGUAUUUAUUAGUAUUUCUUUGUAACUCAUCAAAAAAAAAAAGGUAAGACCAUGAUCUAGAAGUUCGUUGUCCAGGCGCUUGUCUUGUUUUUACCCUGCAAAAAUAUUACGUUUGCUCUUCAUUAUAGUUUUCUAUUAGGAUGUACUAAAAUUUUUUGGUAAGAUCAUCAAGUACACGAGUUAUAAAUCUAAUCCUAUAUUACUGUCGAAGAGAAAGAUUAUUUAGCAAGCUAGAUGAACAUGAAUCGUUUUAGGGUUAUUUUUGUGAGGAGUUCCUAUCCCUAUUGAUUCUCUAAGCACUGGGAAACCCCGGUUGGCGAGGAGGACCCUCUCACGCACAUUUGUCGCACCUCCACCAAGCUCAUCUAGAUGCAGCGGCGCGGGAUAGAGGCGACCGAGGUGAUCUUAAGGCUCAAAGUAAUUAUAAUUCUCACUUCGAAGCAGGGUCAACUUCCUCUUUCCCUAUUGGGAAGCUGAAGAAAUGCUGAAGGGAAGAAAUGAAAUGCUUUGAGCAUCUGGGACAACUAGGACAACCCACUCUCUAUAUUACGUCCUUUGGUCUUCCACGGUCCCCCUCGUUAUUAGAUAAGUACUUUCCGUAGGUUACUUUUCCUUCUCCAGAUUUUUCAAGUACCUACUGAAUGCUUAGAGCAGCAUGAUGACCUUGAUUAACGCUUUGAGCUCUAAUGGUCGUUACGAUGAUCCUCGUUAUGAUCAUGAUCGCGAUCGGCGACGUGGACCACCACGUGGUUAUCCGGAAGAAUAUGACGACGAUCUUCCUCCUCCUUACUACGACUCUAGAAGAAGAAGCGGUGGAAGUGGCCCGCCAAACUACUACAGUUACGGCUACCGCUACUCUGUUGUUGGCUAGGGGUACUACUACUAGUACGUACUAGGGAUGCGAAUGUACUAGUCCCUCCUCGGAUACUUUACGUACUAGGGAUUACUAGUACGUACUAGGGAUGGUUACUCUCAAAGAGGGGUACUAGGGGUACUCUAGAAGAAGAAGGGGUGGAAGUUACACCGAAGGGGUGGAAGUACAGGGGUACUCUAGAAGAAGAAGCGGUGGAAGUUACGGCUAGAGGAAGAAGAAGGGUGCUAUGAGCCGUACUAUAAGGGGCAUACACAUGACAAGAUGCGGCCGAGGUUGUAGCUCUAAUACAGCAGUCGAGGAGGCAGCGCUCUUUCGAGCAUCAAAGGCGACCCUGGGUACUACAACGACGGGCGAUCUGGAUCUUACCGUAAAGGCAGCAUCCCGGUAAGCAACAAUGUAUCAAUCGAGUCUUCUUUUAUGGUCCCGUUACACAAGACUACAAGGAGAUGAGCCUCAGCAUCUCGAUGCCCUUGUUUUCCCUUGUCAUAUAAAUUCGUCUAAGUUUUGCGUCUACAAUAGCGAUCGCGGGUCUGGUGGCUACUCGUCUGGCAGGAUGAAAGGCAAAUGUGGUAACAACUUUAAGGCUUCAAGAACUCUCCUAUUUUGGGCAAGCAUCUUGGUCCUCCCGUUUAGAAUCUAGAGGGAACUAAGCAAGUAGACGGGCACAAGGAUGCUCCCCCAGAUGGAUCUCUAAUAACUUCUCUAGUACCUCCGCGUACGACAAUAGAUCACCUACAGGUGGAAAGGGCGGCUACGGUGCUCCCGGAUUUGGCACGUCCUACAGUGGUGAUCCUUAUGCUUCAACGUCGAGCAGAAGGAGCCAGAAAGACUACGAAUACAGAAGCAGGGGCCCUCCGGGCCCGACAAGCAGUUCCUACUUUAAGGGCGUACCUAACAACUUUUUUUUAAAACUAGGUAGUACCGUGAAGCACCAACUACAACGACCCAUCUACUUUUGAUACUCCAUUUUCUAAUCGAAAGGGAGAUGCUCCAAGAAAAGAUAUAUUUAUUAAGUGGUCCAACAGUAGGUCGGUAGUAGACAUGGGUAGUUGUCGAAAGAAGUGCCUCUAAUGACUUGAGUAAAGGGAAGGUUGACCACGUCGAUGACAGGGACCUCAAUGGUGGUUAUAGAAGACCAGCACAGAGCAGCUACGACCACUACGAUGGUACUAAAGGAGGUUCAGGUCAUGAUAGUUACCAACAAAGGCCUAUUAGUAGAGACGAAAUGAACACGGCUGCCAACAUGCCUCCCAACAUGCGAGGAGGACCACCUGCAGGAAAUUCUUCCUCGUCUUACCAGCAUGAUUAUCGGCACAGUGCGUCAGCCAGUAGCUCUAUGACACCAAACCAUGGAGGUCGGGGAAGGAAUAAUUUCUACAACAUUAAGGUCAACUACUACAUUUUUUAGUGUCCAUUCUUGAACUUUCUCAGCAUCUUGGUACUUCCCUUAUGUUGCUUCCCUUGUUGUGUUCUCUUCAACAUGGGAAGACGGAAAGGGGACGAGUCGAGAUGAUGAGGGGACCACCGAGGUGAAUAAAAUACGCGGACUUCUCUAACAAUAGUUCUAGUAGUGCCGUUGCUCCCGGCGCGUCUGGUGGAGGAAGCUACCCACAACAUAGUCAUACCAGGACCACAGACACAGAAGGUUCUUACCAGGACAGGAGAAGAUUCGAACCGAAGCAACGAGGAGGGGCCUCCAACAACCAGGGCAGCAAUAGAUUUAGUUCGUCUCAACAGGGUCAGCAACAGUUUAGCACCCCUGGGGGAGGUGCGUCGUCGUACUCUCGUGGAAGCAGUCACCAAACUGCUCAUCAACAGGGAUCUCAGUUUUCCAACACGAGUAGAGGACCGCAAUUCUUUAUGGCGUCUUUCCACAUUGUCAUAUCUAGUAUCUCUAAUCACAUGAACUUCCCUGUCUCUCUGACUUUUUAGACUACAGAAAGUACUACAAGUAGAGUCUCUACAACUAUUUGCAGUAAGAUAGAAUAGAACUACUCGAGCAUGUUUCGUCCCGGACGGCGCGGCCUGGCCGCAGAGCCGCAGAGCCGCGGACCUCAAACCUUGAACCUUGAACAUUCUAAGAUGUACAACAACGACCUUGGUGGAGGUGGACACAAUGGCGUGCAAGGUGCGACAUCGUCAGCGACCUCUUCCUCCUCUGUCGCUGGUGGCCUUGCAGGCACGGGUCUCUUCGCGCGUGAAGCAGGUGACGUUUUGGCCAUGCUCAGGCAGGAGGAUCCGUAUCUGGUCCAACGUGUAAACGAGCGCUUAGCUCGCAAUGAGAUAUCUGAGCAAGAAGCCAUCGACCUCGUGAAAGACAGUCUCUUGCGAGUGAUGUGCCCUCCUCAGGGCACAGCAAGCAACAGCCGCAACUGA